UAAUAAUAAUAAGUAAAAGCUUUCUUCGCGACUUUCUUUUUGAACAAAGUCAGUCGAGACCUUUCUUACUUCUCUAACACAACGAGAAAAACACAAGAGAAGAAGACAAUAGAGAGAGAGCAUGCUCAUUACCAAACCAGUCAGUCGAGACCUUUCUUACUUCCAUUCUCUACUCAAAUCUUGUAUUCAUGGUCAUAUCUCUUCUUCUUCUUCUUCUUCUUCUUCUCCUCUCACUAUCUUCCGUGACUUACUCCGUUCCUCUCUUAUACCAAAUCAUCUCACCAUGUCUAUCUUUCUCCAAUCCUCUACCGCCUCUUUAUCACCUCAUCAUCAUCACACCUCUCUCGAUUCUUUCAAGUCACAAGUCGGACAAGUCCAAACCCAUCUCACAAAAUCAGGUCUUGAUCGAUUCGUCUACGUGAAAACAUCUCUUCUUGAUCUGCACUUAAAGAUGGGUUGCGUGACGAGUGCACGAGUCUUGUUCGACGAAAUGCCUGAGAGAGAUACCGUUGUUUGGAAUGCGUUGAUCUGUGGGUAUUCACGAAACGGUUAUGAGUCUGACGCGUGGAAGCUCUUUACUGUAAUGCUUCAGCGAGGCUUUUCUCCUUCUGCUACUACGCUUGGGAAUUUGCUGCCUUUUUGUGGAACAUGUGGGUUUGUUUCUCAAGGGAGGUCUGUUCAUGGUGUUGCUGCAAAGUCUGGCUUUGAACUUGAUUCUCAGGUGAAAAAUGCGCUAAUUUCUUUUUAUUCAAAGUGUUCAGAGUUGGAAUCAGCAGAAGUAUUGUUUAGAGAGAUGAAAGACAAAAACACGGUUUCUUGGAACACAAUGAUUGGUGCUUAUAGCCAGAGUGGUUUACAGGAAGAGGUCAUCACUGCUUUCAAGAAUAUGUUUGAGAAGAACGUGGAGAUUAGUCCAGUCACUAUCAUUAGUCUCCUUUCUGCUCAUGUUAGUCACGAGCCACUACAUUGUCUUGUUGUUAAAUGUGGAAUGGUGAAUGAUAAUUCUGUAAAUACUUCUUUGGUUUGUGCAUAUUCAAGGUGUGGGGAUUCGGAUUCAGCAGAGCGUCUUUACGCGUCUUCUGACCAAGAUAGUAUUGUUGGUCUGACUUCGAUUGUUUCAAGCUAUGCUGAGAAAGGAGAUAUGGACAUAGCGGUUGUGUAUUUUUCUAAAAUGUGUCAGUUGUGUAUGAAAAUUGAUGAUGUAGCUUUGGUUGGAAUUCUCCAUGGAUGUACAAACUCUUCCCACAUUGAUAUAGGAAUGUCAUUACAUGCUUAUGCGAUCAAGAGCGGAUUGUGCACAAAAACACUGGUUGUUAAUGGACUGAUGACUAUGUAUUCUAAGUUUGAUGAUGUAGAGACUGUCCUGUUUUUAUUUCAGCAACUGCAGGAGACUCCUCUUAUUAGCUGGAACUCGGUGAUAUCUGGUUGUGUACAGUCUGGAAAGGCACACACAGCGUUUGAGGUGUUCCAUCAGAUGAAGUUAAGAGGCAGACUUUUGCCGGAUGCCAUUACAAUAGCAAGUUUGCUUGCUGGCUGUUCCCAGAUCUGUUGCUUGCAUUUGGGGAAGGAACUUCAUGGUUAUACUCUUAGGAACAAUUUUGAAGAUGAGAAUUUUGUUUGCACUGCUCUGAUAGACAUGUAUGCCAAAUGUGGAAACCAAGUACUAGCGGAAAGUGUGUUCAAUAGUAUAAAAGCUCCAUGUACAGCAACAUGGAACUCAAUGAUAUCAGGAUAUAGCUUAUCGGGGUUACAAAAUCAAGCUCUUUCUUGUUACUUGGAAAUGCGAGAGAGGGGGUUGAAACCUGACAAGAUCACAUUUUUGGGGGUUCUGUCUGCAUGUACCCAUGGAGGCUUUGUCGAUGAAGGAAAAAAUUGUUUCAGAGCAAUGAUCAAGGAGUUCAGAAUAUCACCAAGUUUACAGCAUUACGCACUUAUGGUUGGUUUGUUGUGUAGAGCAUGUUUGUUUACUGAGGCAUUGUAUUUAAUUUGGGAGAUGGAUUUAAAGCCUGAUUCUGCAGUAUGGGGUGCUAUGCUUAGCGCGUGUAUUGUUCAGAGAGAGUUAGAGGUUGGGGAAUAUGUAGCUAAGAAAAUGUUUAUGUUAGAUUACAGGAAUGGAGGGCUAUAUGUAUUGAUGUCUAACCUAUAUGCAACAGAAGAAAUGUGGGAAGACGUAGUUAGAGUCAGGAAGAUGAUGAAAGAGAAUGGAUACGAUGGUUAUUUGGGAGUUAGCCAAACAAUAUAAUUUCAGUCUGAGAAACAAUGGAACAGGUCACUGAUACGUUCUGUUCAUGCUUCAGUAUUUUUGCUUCAUAGCGUGGCGAUGGUGAGGAGAAUUAACUGGAGAGCUCAAACAGGAUAUUUGUUGCUCAAGCUUCAUUCAUGAAGGUUUCUUAGAAGCCUUAAAGAAUUUAUAUGACUUCGUGUGGGAGCUGAAAAUACAUUAAACAUUGGAGAGCUUCUCAGAGCUUUUCCUUCGAAUUAGUGACCAAGACGCUCCAGUUAUCUUAAGCAUAAGUUAUCUUAAAAGGUGUUCAUGUAAUAUCUUUGGAAUAGCCACACCAAAGUGGAUGGUUCUGUGUACUAAUUGGUUUAUAUCUUCUUCGUCUGAGCUCUCCAUGUGAUGCAAAUGAUGGAUCCACAAUUUUAGGAUACAAGACCUAACUAUGAAUCCCACUGCUGCAUCUAUCGUCAGUCAAACCAUCUCUCUUCAUCUUCUCCUCUUUAGCCUUGCGACAAAACACAACCCACGAG